AUGUGCAAACGUCAACAUCUCUCUCUCUCCUCUCUCUCUCUCUCUCUCUCUCUCUCUCUCUCUCUUAUUUGUCUAUCGUUCAUGUGUCUUGUCCUCUCUAUCUCCCUUUGUCUCUUGAUCCCACGACCUUCUCUAAUAUAUCUACCUUUUCUCCAGCAUUUUCAGUUAGAACCUAUUUUUCUUUUCUGUUGGUCUUUUUUCCUUUCUUUCUUUCUGUCUUUCUUUCUUUCUGAUAUUCUGUUUUUUCUUGCUGUCUCUCUGCCUUUCUUUCUGUCUUUCUUUUUUUAUCUGUCUUUCUUUCUGUCAGUAUUUGUCUUUAUUUCUUUCUGCCUUUCUACUUUCCUUCUGUCUUUCUGUCUGUUUUUCUGUCUUUCAUUGUGUAUUUCGUUCUUUCAACCAUUCUUUCCGACUUUCUACUUUUCUUUCUACCUUUCUUUCUUUCUUUCUCUUUGCCUUUCAUUCUGUCUUUCUUUCUUUCUUUCUACAUUUCUUUUUUCUUUCUGUCUUUCUUUCUUUCUGCUUUUCCUUCUUCUACUUUUCUUUCUUUCUUCCGUCUUUCUUUCUGCCUUUCUGUCUGUCAUUCUAUCUGUCUUUCUUUUUACUGCCUUCCUUUCAAAUCUGCCUUUCUUACUUUUUGUCUUUUUUUCUGUCAUUCUUUUAUUCUGCUUUUAUUCUUCUCUUUCUUUCAGCCUUUCUUCUUGUCUUUCCUUCAGCCUUUCUUCUUCUCUUUCUUUCUGCCUUUCUUCUUGUUUUUCUUUCAGCCUUUCUUCUUCUCUUUCUUUCAGCCUUUCUUCUUUUUUUUUUCAGCCUUUCUUAAAUUCUUUCUUUUCCUUUCUUCUUGUCUUUCCUUCAGCCUUUCUUCUUCUCUUUCUUUCAGCCUUUCUUCUUGUUUUUCUUUCAGCCUUUCUUCUUGUUUUUCUUUCAGCCUUUCUUCUUCUCUUUCUUUCAGCCUUUCUUCUUGUCUUUCCUUCAGCCUUUCUUCUUCUCUUUCUUUCUGUUUUCUUCUUUUUUUUUUCUUUUCAGCCUUUUUCUUUUCUUUUUUUCUUUCAGUUUUCUUCUUCUCUUUCUUUCAGCCUUUUUCUUCUUUCUUUUUCCUUUCUUUUUUCUUCUCUUUCUUUCUGCCUUUCUUCUUGUUUUCUUUUCAGCCUUUCUUCUUCUUCUUUCUUUCAGCCUUUCUUUCUUUUCUCUUUUUUCUGUCAUUCUUUCUUUCUGCUUUUAUUCUUCUCUUUCUUUCAGCCUUUCUUCUUCUCUUUCUUUCAGCCUUUCUUCUUUUUUUUUUCUUUCUUCUUUUCUUUCUUCUCUUUUUUCAGCCUUUCUUCUUUUUUCUUUUUCAGCCUUUCUUCUUGUUUUUUUCUUUCAGCCUUUCUUUCUUUUUUCUUUCAGCCUUUCUUCUUUCUUUUUUUCAGCCUUUCUUCCUGUCUUUUCUUCAGCCUUUCUUCUUUCUUUCUUUCUGCCUUUUUCUCUUUUUUCUUUCUUCAGCCUUUCUUCUUCUCUUUCUUUCAGCCUUUCUUCUUGUCUUUCCUUCAGCCUUUCUUCUUCUCUUUCUUUCUGCCUUUCUUACUUUUUCUCUUUUUUCUGUCAUUCUAUCAUUCUGCUUUUAUUCUUCUCUUUCUUUCAGCCUUUCUUCUUGUCUUUCCUUCAGCCUUUCUUCUUGUUUUUCUUUCAGCCUUUCUUUCUGUCUUUCUUUCUAGCAUUCCUUAUUUCUGCCUUUCUUUCUUUCUUUCUGCCAUUCUUUCUGCAUUUCUUUCUUCCCGCUUUUCCUUCUUCCUGCUUUCAGCCUUACUUACUGCCUUUCUUUGUGUCUUUCUUUCUUUCUUUCUUUCUUUCACUUUUUCUUUCUUUCUUUCUUUCUUUCUUUCUUUCUUUUGUUCUGCCUUUCUUUCUCUCAUCAUAUCUUUCUUUCUUUCUUUCUUUCUUUUUGUUCUUCCUUUCUUUCUGUCUUUCGUUUUAGCUUUUUUCUGUUUUUCUUUCAUUCUUUCCGCUUUUCAGCUUUAUCUUCUGCCUUUCUUUCUGUUUUCCUUUUUGUCUUUUUUUUUUCUUUCUACCUUUCUUUCUUUCUGA